AUGCUAGAGGAGAUUCUUUAUGAUGAAGUAACUCCAGGAGCUCAUACCUGUAUGGUACAAGUAAACGUGUUUGCUUGUGGUGGUAUUGCCAUAGGCGUUGUUACUCCACACAAUUUGCUUGAUGGAGCUGUUCUCUUUGUAUUUGUCAAAACUUGGGUUGGAAUGGCAGCAGGAGGUGGAGGAGCAUAUGCAUAUAAAUCACCCGAUUUUCGUGCCUCGGAUAUCUUUCCUCAAAACAAGGCAUUCCCUCAAUACUUAACCAAUCCAAGUAUGGCGAGUUUGUUGGUUAGAAAGGGCAAGCCUGUUGUAAGGAGGUUUGUGUUUGAUGGGCAAAUCAUAAGCGAACUCAAGACCCAAGCAACUAGUUAUGGCGUUCAGAACCCUACUCGUACGGAAGUUGUCUCAGCAUUUCUCUACAAUUGCGUCAUAUCUGCAUUAAGGAAGAUAAAAUCAAGUGCUCCGAAGUCUGCUAUAAUAACAAAUUCUAUAAAUUUUCGGCCAAAGGCUUCACCGCCAUUCGAGGAAACUAUGGUGGGGAAUUUUGUAUUCAUAGUAAGCAUGAUAUCAAAAGGAGAAGAAUUAGAUUCGGGCAGCUUCAUACGCCAAAGGAGGGAAGCACUAUCGAGGAUCGAUGGUGAUCUUGUGAAGAGCCUUCAAGGUGAUCAAGGGUUGCGAAAUCUUUGUGAGUACCUGGAAAGGUUUCGCGAAUUAAAUUCUAAGGCCGUUUCCGAUGGAGCGGAACCAAUAUCGUUUAAUAGCUUCUGUAACAUGGGGCACUAUGAUGUUGAUUAUGGAUGGGGAAGACCUUUAUGGGUUCCAUUUCUUGCUAUGAUCCGACCUUAUCCAGUAUUCUUGAUCCAACUCAUGGACACAAGGUGUGGUGGUGGAAUUGAAGCAUGGUUGAUGUUGGAUGAACCAGUCAUGUCUGUUCUUGAGCAUGACAAGGUGCUUCUUUCUGCAGCCUCAUUAGAUCCAAGUCCUCUGCAAAUCGGUUUACCAAGGCCCAAUCUUUGA